AGAAACCCAAAGAAGAACCGUCCCAUAAUUUUUCUUACAAGAAAGGGAACGUUCAGAGUGAAAAUAAUCAAUAAAGAAAGAGAGCAGAGUAGAAACGCGACACGGUCUGGCGCUAGCUGGCUUGGUUGGUUCUCUCUUACUUACUGUUAAUUACUCGUAGUGGAAACUCUGCUCCUCUUCUGUGUCACAGAGCUCUCAUCCUUCAGACAGUCUCACGUUCACUACAUCCACCGCCAAGGAAAAGCCAAAAUAUUCCCUUCCACUUUCUUUUCCCUUUUUCCUCUUUUCUCUUCUCCCUCCUUGUGGGUGAAUUGGGUAGAACAAACAGAUCCAAGGAGCUUCCUUUUUUCAUUUCAAUAAAUUAUUAGGGUUUCUUCAGAUACUUGUUGCCACGUUCUAGCUUCCACCCCAUCUGAGAUCUCUCUUCCUCUCUCACUUAGCUCUCAAAGCUUCACUCUUUUCUUCAUCAUUGCUCCUUGUCUGAACACAAUCUACUUUGAAAAGCUUACAUCUUGGUGAGAGGGAGCAGAUCUUUGAAGAAUACUGCUCCAGCCUUCGUUAUUUCAAUUUUAUUGGGGGGUUUUACCCUCUUCUUCUCCCCUUCUCUUGAUGCGAUUCGCCAUCGGGGGAGAUAACCAAUAACAAUGGCGCCGAAACCUAAUCCAGGUGAUAACAGAACUAGGAGUUCGAUCCAGAUAUUCAUAGUAGCUGGACUGUGCUGUUUCUUCUACAUAUUGGGAGCAUGGCAAAGGAGUGGUUUUGGGAAAGCAGACAAUCUCGCCAUGGAAAUCACCAAAAACACUGGUGGGGAUUGCAACAUAAUCUCUAAUCUCAAUUUCGAGACUCACCAUGGUGGCGAAAUCACCUCCACCGAUGAUUCUGUAUCGGAGAAGAAAGUUUUUAAACCAUGUGCUCCAAAGUACACUGAUUACACCCCCUGUCAAGAUCAGAGGCGUGCCAUGACAUUCCCUAGGGAUAACAUGAUAUAUAGGGAGAGGCAUUGCCCCCCAGAGGAAGAGAAGUUGCAUUGUCUAAUACCAGCUCCCAAGGGCUACGUGACGCCGUUCCCUUGGCCUAAAAGUCGUGAUUAUGUCCCUUAUGCGAAUGCACCUUAUAAGAGCUUGACUGUGGAGAAGGCCAUUCAGAAUUGGGUACAGUAUGAGGGUAAUGUGUUUAGGUUUCCUGGUGGAGGGACGCAGUUCCCACAAGGUGCUGAUAAGUACAUUGAUCAAUUGGCCUCUGUUAUACCAAUUAAGAAUGGGACGGUCAGAACAUUGCUCGACACAGGUUGUGGGGUUGCCAGUUUGGGUGCUUACUUGUGGAGCAGAAAUGUGAUUGCUAUGUCAUUUGCACCAAGAGACUCGCAUGAAGCACAGGUUCAAUUUGCUCUUGAAAGAGGUGUACCUGCUGUGAUUGGUGUUCUCGGUACUAUAAAGGUGCCAUAUCCAUCCAGAGCUUUCGACAUGGCUCAUUGUUCUCGGUGCUUGAUACCAUGGGGUGCCAAUGAUGGGAAAUACUUGAUGGAAGUGGACCGAGUUCUCAGACCAGGUGGGUAUUGGGUUCUUUCGGGCCCCCCAAUCAACUGGAAGGUUAACUACAAGGCAUGGCAGCGUCCUAAGGAAGAACUUCAGGAGGAGCAGAGGCAGAUCGAAGAGGCUGCCAAAAUGCUUUGCUGGGAGAAGAAGUAUGAAAAGGGUGAAAUUGCUAUCUGGCAGAAGAGAAUGGAUGGUGAUUCAUGCCAUAGUAAACAAGAUGAAUCUCAAGUUACCUUCUGCAAAUCUUCUGAUCCUGAUGAUGUGUGGUAUGUACCUCUGGAUCUACAACUAACAAACAGGAUGGAGACUUGUGUCACACCUUAUCCUGAUACUAGCAGUUCAGCACUUAAAAAUUUCCCUGAAAGGCUUUAUGCUGUUCCACCAAGAGUUGCUAGUGGUUCUAUUCCUGGAGUUUCAGCUGAGAAAUACCAAGAGGACAGUAACAAAUGGAAGAAGCAUGUUAAAGCUUAUAAAAGAAUCAAUAGACUUCUGGACUCUGGAAGGUACAGGAACAUAAUGGACAUGAAUGCUGGAUUGGGAGGAUUUGCUGCUGCACUUCAGUCUCCAAAGUUGUGGGUUAUGAAUGUUGUGCCAACUAUAGCUGAGAGGAGUACACUUGGUGCAGUAUAUGAAAGAGGCUUGAUUGGAAUCUACCAUGACUGGUGUGAAGCUUUCUCUACUUACCCAAGGUCCUAUGACUUGAUUCAUGCCAAUGGUCUUUUCAGUCUGUACAACAAGAAGUGUAAUCUAGAGGACAUCCUUCUGGAGAUGGACCGGAUUUUGCGACCAGAAGGUGCAGUUAUAAUCCGAGAUGAAGUGGAUGUACUAAUCAAGGUGAAGAAGAUAAUAGGAGGAAUGAGAUGGGAUACUAAGAUGAUGGACCAUGAAGAUGGUCCUCUUGUUCCUGAGAAAAUACUGGUCGCAGUCAAGCAGUACUGGGUUGCAGGUGGUAACUCCACAUCCACCCAGUGAGCUUCAUCGUCCAUUGCCGCCAGUUAUGUUUCAAAAGCACCUCCUUGAUGUAGCCUCUGGUAAAACAGAAAUCCAUCAGGCCAUGGCUUCAUGUGCUUGAAUUAUUUCUUCCUGCAGAGCAAAAUUAGCAUAGGGGAUGCUUUAAUUUAAACCAGCACAUGUUUGAUUUUGGUUCUUUCAUGUUGUUAGCAUAUGGUGCUGCUGUGUAGUAGUAGCAUUUGCUUCUUUAAUGUGUCAAUUUUGGUUCUUUAAUGUGUCGAUUUUGCUAUUAUCAAGAUUUUUUGUUCU